UUCUUCUAGUUUCUUCAUCUUCACAAUCUAACUCUUCUACAUAUAUCUUAAUUAAGAGCUUCCCGGUGGACAAAAUAUAUAUAUGUAAAAACAUAUAUAAAAAUGCUGGGAAAGAGAAUAGCUUCUUUCAAGAAUCUAGCCAAGAAAAUUAAGAGCAUUAACACGAGAGAAGGCGGCUCCGAGUCAACUCAGAGCAUGUCUCUUCUGAUUGGUGAGGCGGAGGACACGUCUCCGGCGGCAACAAAGACGCCUACGGGAAUGUUUGCGGUUUACGUAGGGGAAGAGCGCGUGAGGCGAGUGGUGCCGACGAGCUAUUUGAAGCAUCCUCUCUUCAGAAUGCUUCUCGACAAGUCACACGACGAGUUACACUGUCUCCAGCAGAAGGUUAUGUUGGUUGUCCCUUGUAGCCUUUCCGUCUUCCAAGAAGUCGUUAACGCCAUCGAGUCUUGUCAUGGCAACUUCGACUUCGGCGAUUUUGUGGAGGAGUUUCUUUGAUUUUAAUUAGUCAAAAGAACAUUUCCAAGACGUCGCUCAACGUUCUUGUCGAUCAUCAUUUUGUUUUCGUUUUGAUAAAAAAAAUAGAUUAUUGCUUAGGUCUUCUUAGGAAAAUAUAUAAUCGUUUGUAGGACUGAUUGUGGUGAAGUUUGUGUUACAUUAAUCCAUCACCCCUUUGCUGCGUGGUGUGGAAUUUUUCUUCUUCUUUUUUCUCAUGGAAAUAAUUGUAUUAAAAUAUCAAUACAUAAUUGGAUUAAUGUGUUUGGUUU